CUGAGUUGGGUCGAGUUGCCACAACACAAUCACACGGAAUAGAAGCAAAGUAAAGGUAAACAGAGAAAUGUGGAAGCGAGCGGUAGUGGGCGCCGUGGGUGCUCUCCGGCGGCCGUUCUCGUCGGAAGGUGGCGGUAUCUCCCCCGCCGUGAACUCGAUGCUUCUCCGCUCUCUGAAGGAUCACUAUCAAGAAGUCGCCAAAAUGAACAUGCCCCCCAAAGUGAGUCCUCCGUCCCCGUUCACCAUCGUGAAGGGGGCUCUGGACUCACAUGGUCCGGUUCUGAAGCGCAACUACGGCGAGGAAGAGGUGACCGUCUACGUGAUGCGGCUGUCGGCGCCCGAGGACGAGGAUUCUGCCACGGACCAGCUCUUCAUCCAUGUCGACGUCUUCAAACCCUCGCAGAAGGAAUCUUUGAUUUUUCUCUGCGGUUUGUACGAGGAUGCUCUGGGGAUUCACUCUGUUUCCAUGAGGCCUAAGCUCGAAGACUCUGGCUACGUCCUCAUCCCUUCGCAAUACUCUGGCCCUGUUUUCGCGGAUCUAGAUGAUAAGAUGAGAGAUGCGCUUCACACUUACAUUGAGGAACGAGGAGUGAACGAGUCUCUCUUUAAAUUUCUUCAAGCGUGGCUAUAUGUGAAGGAACAUCGAAAUCUGAUGNUGUGGUUCAAAACGAUGGGCUUGUUCAUUAGUGGAAAGAAACCAGCUACAGGUGUUUAAUCCUCUGAGGUCAUUUAUUUUGCAAACGNACCGAUACAGUGAUCUCAAGUAAUGAACUCAAAACUUCAAAACUUCUCAAUUUAAAAGUACCUAGAGUUUCAUAUUUGACUAUUAGGCUAUUUGUUUUGGAGGAUCAAGUACAUAAGUUUACAGCGACCGGUAAACUUUACCAAUUUAACUUUUUAUAUUGUGAUAUGAUUAUGACAAAUUUACUAUAAAAUUUAAGAUGAGUUUUUUAAGUAUCAAAA